AUGCAUUUAGCCCUCCCGACGAGGAAAUCCUCGCAUCCUCCUGCCUACGCGAAUCGCUCGUCUCGGUAUCCUAUGCUUCGCAGAAGUAGAGUUCAGGCGAUACUAAUCGGCCUCUGUGCAGUCGGCGUCUUGUUGUUCUUAUGCUCGCAUAUUUUCGGGGGUGGAGAGAGGAUACCCUCGGGGACCCCUCCAGUGGUAAUUGUUACAGUGGUGGAUGAGGAGAAUUACAGCUCGCAGUACAUAAAAAACAUCAAGGAGAACCGGAUAGAGUAUGCAAGGAAACAUGGUUACACUACCUUCUUCCCAACUAUCAAGGACUACGAUCUCAAAGGCUCUCCAGCAUCAUGGACCCGAGUCCCAGCAGUCCGGCACGCAUUGACAAAGUUUCCCUUUACCACCUAUGUCUGGUAUCUCGACCAAAACUCCCUGAUUAUGAAUCCCGACCUCGCAGUCGAAACCCAUAUCAUGAACCCCAAAGUACUGGAGAGCCUCAUGAUUAAGGAUCAGUCUAUCGUACCUCCCGAUAGUGUCAUCAAGACAUUCUCACAUCUGAAAGGGGAGAACGUGGAUUUGGUUGUUACUCAGGACAAGGAGGGAUUAGCACAAGGGAGCUUUAUCGUCAGGAGAGGAGCUUGGAGCAAAUUCUUCCUGGAUACCUGGUUCGAUCCAUUGUACCGCUCUUAUAAUUUCCAGAGGGCGGAUACACAUGCCUUGGAGCAUAUCGUUCAAUGGCAUCCUACCAUACUUUCUAAACUCGCGCUAGUACCGCAACGGAAGAUGAACUCAUACGGAAGAGCAUCAGUUACAGACGAGUCCGGAGCAUACAAAGAUGGAGACUUUGUGAUCCGCUUCCAUGGAUGCGAACAAAUGGGACGAGACUGCCAAGCGGAAGCAGACCCCUUUUCGAAACAAUGGCGGACAGUAUUUCACGCACGAUGA